UUGGAACAUUACAUUAUCUGUAACAUGGAGAAAGACGCUGUAGUAUCUGACAUAUCAGUUGUUGAUGUCCAUGAUAUUGCAUUUGAAAUAGGAAAAGAAUGUGAAAAACUUAUAGAUUCAUAUGGAGUUGAAUCUGUCGCUAAUUUUAUGCCAAAAGUAAUACAUGCGUUAGAAUUGCUAGAAAAUUUUGCAACUAAAAAUGAACAUGAAAACACUAUAGUCCAAGAAUUACAAGCUAAGAUUUCGCAGUUGGAAACUGAUAAAGUUGGAAAAGCAGAAGAUAGGCAAAGAUUUGAAAAGGAACUGGAACAAAUUGAAGAACAUUGGCGGCAAGAAUCUCGUAACCUAGUAGAAAUGGUUACCAGGUUACAGGAAGAAAAUAAGCGAUUAUCAGAAGCUUUACAGGAAACACAUAGUGACAGUCAGUACAGCAAUAAACAAACUUUUACAGUUAAUCCAGAUGCUGAUAUUGCAGUAUUGCAGCAUUUCAGACUUAUGAUAGACAAACAAAGAAAUCAAAUUCGAGGAAGGGAUAAGGAAUUACUACAAAAAAAUAUAGAAAUAGAAGGGCUAACAGCACAAGUCGAAAAACUCAAAGUUAUUUGUCGAGAAUUGAAACGAAAACAACGUCAAGCACAAAUGCAAGCACGUGGUCUAGUAGAAGAAAGAGCAGAUUUCUUAGCUCAACUGCAAGAUCAAAAUCGUGAACUGAUAAAUCUUCGAGCUCGCCUUGGUUUGGCAAAAAAAGAAAAUGAAGACUUAAGUAAAUUACAGAAUUGUCCAGAUUUAACAAAUAAGGCUGUGUAUGAUCUGAAUGAUCCUGAUAGACCAAGGUUUACAACUGCUGAAUUGAAAGACAUUUUACAUGAACGAAAUGAGUUGAAAGCUAGAGUAUCAGAUUUAGAAGAUGAACUAGAACUAUACCAGCCAAAAUCUGAAACGAUUAAAGAUGAUAAAGAUCCUCCUGUCCAAGGUCCUCUCCCUCAUGAACCAGAUGAUGCACCUUGGAAAAAGACAUCUGAAUCUGGAAUUCAUAAAUUUUUCCGGAAAAUUUUUUUAGAGUCUAGCAGUAGUUUUUUAGUUGGUAGUAAUCCACGCCCAAGUGUUCAUGGCUUAUCAAAAGCGGCACUCUAUAGAAAUAGUACAUACGAUGAAUCUGUAUAAUGGUUUUCAACAUAUUUUUAAUGAAGAUAAGUUGAACAUAUGUUCUUGCAUUUAUUCAUAUUAUUUUAUAUUCUGAUAAUACUACAUAAGUUGUUUGAAUAAGAACAAAGUAACUCUCCUUCCAGUUACUAAAAUUAUAUAUGACA